CUCUCUCUCUCUCUCUCUCUCUCUCUCUCACUCAUUUCAGUUAUUUGCAAUGCAGCCUCGCCAGAGUUGUGUCCGGUCAUCGGCAGCGGAGGAGAAAAAGAAAUCAAAACAUUUUAUGAAGGCCAUUCUUCCCUCACCUAUUCAUGCUACUCAACUAAGAAUUCCAGAUGAAUUUAUAACAAGAUUUGGGAAUGAACUCAACAAUGUUACUACAAUUACUGUUCCUGAUGGUUGUAUUUGGAAAAUCACACUCAACAAAUGCGGCAAAGACGUUUUCUUCCAAAACAAUUGGCAAGAAUUCACAGAAUACUAUUCAAUAGGUUAUGGUUCAUAUUUAGAUUUCAAGUAUAAAGGGAAAUCUAAGUUUAAUGUCAUUAUAUUUGAUUCAACUUCUGUUGAGAUUUGCUAUCCAAGUACUAAUGAAGAACCAAACAUAAAGUGUCCUAGGAAAAUAUCCAAGGUUGAAACAAGUGACAAGAAUCAUGGGACUGAAUUCAACUCUGCUUCUAAAAGAGCAAAGGAUGCUGCUUUUUUUCGUUCAACAUUCAUUAAAAACAGAUAUCCGUAUGUUCAUUCUGAUUUUGCUUCAAAGUAUCUGAAGCCAAAUGUUCCAUUCAAGCUCCAAAAUUGUCAUGGACAGCAAUGGAAAGUAUUUUGUGCAUUGCAAGAAGCUGGAAAAUCGGCAAUGCGAAUAACGAGGGGAUUCAGAAAAUUUGCAAGGGAAAACAAUCUGUCAUGUAGAAAGGAAUAUGAGUUUAAGCUGAUCAAGAGGAAGCCUGUUGUUGUGCUACAAGUUACUACAUCUUGCACGCCUUGCCGGCGAAGGUGUGUCGGGUCAUCGGUGGAGAAGGAAGUUAGGGAAUCAAAACAUUUUAAAAAGGCCAUACUUCCCUCACCCUUUCAUGCCAACAAAAUUAGAAUUCCAGAUGAAUUUAUAAGAAGAUUUGGAAAUGAACUCAGUAAUGUUGCUACAAUUACUGUUCCUGAUGGUUCUAUUUGGAAAUUCACACUCAACAAAUGCGGCAAAGAUGUUUUCUUUUCCAACAAUUGGCAACAAUUCACACAAUACUAUGAUAUAGGAUAUGGUUCCUACCUGUCUUUCAAAUAUAAAGGGAAUUCUAAGUUUAGUGUUAUUAUAUUUGAUGCAACUUCUGUUGAAAUUUGUUAUCCAAGUACUAAUGAAGAACCAAACAUAAAGUCUCCUAGUCCUAAUCCUGGUCCUAAGAAAAGGUCCAAGGUUGACACAACUGAGAAGAAUCAUGAGACUAAAUUCAUAUAUGCUUCUAAAAGAGCAAAGGAUGCUGCCAAUCAGUUCUACCCGAAAAACCCGUUUUUUCGGUCAACAUUAAAUAAAAAUAGAUAUACAUAUGUUGCUUCUAAUUUUGCUGAAAAGUAUCUUCUGCCGAAGGUUCCUAUCAAGCUCCAAAAUUCUCAUGGACAGCAGUGGGAAGUUUCUUGUGUAUUCAAUAUGGGCAGAACAUUCGGAAUGAGGAUAACAGGUGGAUUUUGUAAAUUUCAAAGGGAUAACAAUCUGUCAUUGGGAGAUACUUGCGUGUAUGAGCUGAUCAAGACGAAGCCGGUGGUCGUGUUACUAGUCACAGAGUUUCGUGCGGAUCACUAUCUCCAUUAACAGCUUAUGUAUUCUGUAAUUGUACCGCGAUUAUGAAUGAGGCAUCAUGUUGCAUGCCUAGAUGUGGUUUUGGUAUUUGAUAUAUAUAUGCAUUGUACCAACUAGUAACAGACACUUAUUUUAUUCUGUUUUAAAAUCUUUAGGGUGUUCUAGUUCAAAUACUUGAACUAUGUUUUGGGGAUGUUGUCAUGGAAAAUCUUACUUCUACCAUAUCUAUUUUGUUGGCUAUGAGACAUUGGUUUGAUUCA